AUGGCUGGCCCACCCAUUACAGAUGAAACAGCACGCUUCAUGGGGGACUCAACCGGCUGCUGGUGGAAGGGAGGAGUGAGGAGCCCACAGGGAAUGGUUACCGGGCGAGACAUCCCGGAAUCAUCUAGAAAAACAGCACGUGAGAAACUUGAGGUUGAAACCAUUGAGACAAGCAAGCUUCGACAUAAAAAAAUUAACCUACAGGAUGAAAUCAAAAAUGAAAUAUCAGCUUGUGUAGCUGCAGCUAGAGAAGAUAAUGCUGCAGUGUUGAAUCAACUUCAGUCUGAGCUGAAAUCUGUAGUAGAUGACAUACAAUCCAUGGAGGAGAAGCAACAAAUCUUUGAACAAGAAAAUGCUGUUCUGCUUCGGGAGAGAGAAAACAUUAAAGGAAACUAUGGAGAAGCUGUUGAUCAGAUGAAUCAGCAGCUGUCAAAAAAAGCUGGUACAAAGAUACUGCUUACGGAAAAACAGAAUGAGAUCCAGUCAUUGAAGGACGAAAUUGUCCAGGUGGAAAUAGCCCAACGGGACCUAAAAGAAAACAUGAUUCAGAAGAGGAAAACAUUUGCUGAAAGCAAACACACUAUAGAAAAGGAGAUAGAGGAAACUGUUCUUAAGAUUAAAGAACAAAGAAAAAUCUAUGCAGAAACACGCAGGGAAAUGGUUAUCAUUACAUCAGAGCUACAAGACAAGGAGGAGACAGUCACACAGUGUGAAAACCAUAUCUCCCAGUUGGAGAAAAACAUCGCUGGACUGAAUGCAUCUAAAAUAAAGUCCAAAGAUUGGCUUCAUGAGGAGAGCAGUAAGACAGAAGAACUUGAUCGACAAAAGUAA